GGGGGCUUGACAGGCUCGGUCCCUGCAAGUAGGUCUCUCUCCUGUUGCCUUCCUUGCGUCUAACCUUCCAGCUCGUUUGCCGCUGCCGUCCCGCCACGCCGGUCUCCGAAGCCGCCCCUUCCCCAUGUGCCGGGGCAGGAGUCCGGAAAGCCAAGACCCGCUCGCCGGUACCCCAUCAUGUCCGAACUGACUAAAGAGCUGAUGGAGCUGGUGUGGGGCGCCAAGAGCAGCCCCGGUCUCUCUGACACCAUCUUCUGCCGCUGGACGCAAGGGUUUGUGUUUAGUGAAUCAGAGGGAUCUGCAUUAGAACAGUUUGAAGGUGGCCCCUGUGCUGUUAUUGCACCCGUUCAGGCAUUUCUUUUGAAGAAGCUCCUGUUUUCUUCUGAGAAGUCUUCUUGGAGGGAUUGCCAAGAGGGAGAGCGGAAGGAACUCCUUUGUCACACCUUAUGUGCUAUUUUAGAAACUGCUUGUUGUAGCGACUCUGGCCCGUACUGCUUGGCUUCAUGGUUAAGAGGAAAGACGGCUGAGGAGACUGCUGGUCUUCCUGGGAGUCCUGCACAGUCUAGUUGCCAAAUGGACCAUUCUUCUGCCUUGGCUGUCGAAGAGCUUGGCUUUGAGCGAUUUCAUGCAUUAAUUCAAAAAAGAUCAUUCAGAAGUUUAUCAGAAUUAAAAGAUGCUGUCUUGGACCAGUAUUCAGUGUGGGGAAACAAAUUUGGAGUAUUGCUUUUUCUGUAUUCUGUGUUACUGACAAAGGGCAUUGAAAACAUAAAAAAUGAAAUUGAAGAUUCAAGUGAACCUUUGAUAGAUCCUGUGUAUGGACAUGGCAGCCAAAGUUUAAUUAACCUCCUUCUAACGGGACACGCAGUUUCUAACGUAUGGGACGGUGAUAGAGAAUGCUCAGGAAUGAAACUUCUUGGUAUACAUGAACAAGCAGCUGUAGGAUUCUUAACACUGAUGGAAGCAUUAAGAUACUGUAAGGUUGGUUCUUACUUGAAAUCUCCAAAAUUCCCUAUUUGGAUUGUUGGCAGUGAAACUCACCUCACCGUAUUUUUUGCCAAGGAUAUGGCUUUAGUUGCCCCUGAGGCUCCUUCAGAACAAGCCAGAAGAGUUUUUCAAACUUACGAUCCAGAAGAUAAUGGAUUCAUACCUGAUUCACUCCUAGAAGAUGUGAUGAAAGCAUUGGACCUUGUUUCAGAUCCUGAAUAUAUAAAUCUCAUGAAGAAUAAAUUAGAUCCAGAAGGAUUAGGAAUCAUAUUAUUGGGUCCAUUUCUUCAAGAAUUUUUUCCUGAUCAGGGUUCCAGUGGUCCAGAGUCUUUUACUGUCUACCACUACAAUGGACUGAAGCAAUCAAAUUACAAUGAAAAGGAAGGAGAUUAUUCUAGGAGUCUCUUCACUAUCAGAGCAUAUUUUAGACCUGGACUCAGUGAGAUCUUCAUUGGAAUGUUGGAGCAGUAGUGUCACUGGGACAAGAUGAGGCCUCUGAGACAGGGAGAUUAAGUGACUCAGCCAGGGUCACACAGCAAGUCAUUGGCAGAGCAGGGAUUGGAACUGAGUUCCUGAUUCCCAAUCGUGUCCUUGGUCUGCUUGACCACGCUACCUGUAUAUAGUAAGUUUUCAAGUUGUGCUCAUGACAAGCGUCUGACAUACUAACAAAGAGGUCAGAAAUCAAAGAUGAACUAUUAACAUGACAGUAGUAUGUAAGCACUCUUAACGCAAAGCAUGUAUGCCAUUAAGUUGCAGAGGUAUACCAUAAAGUUACUCAGGAGCUAGAAAUCUGGUAGACCUCAGAGUAAGGUACUACUAAAAAUAGCUGAGGAAACAGACAACAGAAGGCUGGCCAAGCAGAAGGGAAUGUGGCCCACCAGGGGGCACAGGCCAGGGAGGCCACACAGGUAGGUCGGGGUACUCCACCCAAGCAGGUCUGCUCUAACACCAUGAGCAAGGGAUUUUCAGAGAAAAGUUUUGCUUUGGAGAGCUGAAAAGCAUGACUUCACAGUUCUAAUAGUAAAUUUAUUCCAUCAAAACUAGAAAGUACUACAGCAACCAAAGUACAGAUGCAAAAAAGUAAAAGUAUUUGUUUCACAUUAAAGUAUGUCUUUAGAGCCUCCUAAAAAGAGAUUUAUGAAACCAAAUUAUCUGGCCUAGUAAUAGAAAAUAUUCCCAUAUUUAAUGUAUUUUAAGGAGACUCCAACUUAAGGCUAAUCAGGUUGUUGUUUCUCUUGGCUCCUUGGUCAAAUAGUUUAUAGCUUUUAUCUUGGAAGAACGUAAUUACAAUCAUGUGUAUCAGCCACUGAGUGUAAAAAUCAUUACACAUACUUUGGAAGAGGGUAGUCGUCUGUAUCUGUUCCUUUUAAAUUAUGCAGUUAGAAUUUCUCUUGGUACAAAGCGAAAUUCAUGACUGAAUGCUUUAAUGUAUACGGUGGGCGCUUAAAAUGAGGUAGGGCUUUAGCUAGUAUGUUACUUCACAAAUGACUUCUAAAAGUUGUUUAAAGAAAUCAGAAUUAAACUUUUCUGGUAUCUAUCCACCUGCCAGUGUAUCUUUUUAAUAGUCAUUGCCAUUACAUAUAGAGAUUUUUGUUUCUGACCUGACGUCCUUUAAUUUUUUUUCUCCAUGAUUUUUCAUGCAGAACAAAGUAUAUUCAUGAAUAGUAUUUCAGAAGUAUUUAGUACAAUAAUAGAAAAUUUCAUUGACAAACAUCCAGUUUGCUUGCAGCUCUGGAAAUUCAACAUUUAGAUUGACAGAAGAAAAUAAGUCCUUCUCAGAAUAUAUAGCUGAGUGCCUCCAUAUUAAAGCAAUAGGAACUAAGUAAAUGUUAUAUAAAGAAAAUCUAUUACUGGAAGCAUGAUUUUUCUUUUAUCAGAAAUAGUAUGUUCUUGGGAUUUGCAUACACUUCUUAUAAAUCAUGAUCUUACAAUCUAAAUUCAGCUAGUAGUUAAAAUUGUUUCACCAUCUCAUUUCCAGAUUUAUUUUCACAUUAAUCAGGAAGCAGAUAUUCUAGCUUAUAAUUUCUAUCAGAAUAAAACUAGAUAUAAAGUUCCAUAUGAAACAGUACACAGUGCCCUGUUUGCCAGCCUAUGAAAAGCUCUGGAUCCCUCACAAGACUUCGC